AUGAAUGCGAUUUCUGCCUUCAACUAUGUCGGCGGAAGCAACCAACCCCGAGAACUCGAGAUGCUGAGGGACUUCAGCAAGUGCCUCCUUCCAACUGUGCGGGUCAACAGCCAGCUGCCAACAACUCAGAGCUCGAAUCCUCUGCUGGGUGCCUCAGCAAACGCAAACAUGUUCAUUCCCAACGCAAAGCCUGGUUACGGCCCUUUUCAGAUCAGCCAACUUUCCCCUCCUCAAGACUGUAGUCCUGCUCACGGCACUGGUUUGACCUCUUACGGCGCGUCCGCCAGUGCCGAGGCCUCGUUUCAAGGCUUGCUCAAGGCAAACAAUGCCAAGGCGAUCCUGACGCAGGUUGAGCAGAUCAACGACCUUAUCAAGACGUUGGAGCAGAAGCGAAGCUUGCUCUUGCAGUCCCUAUCCGAGGCCUCAACCCCGCAACCCGCCAUCGCGAUGUUCGGUCAGGGGGGCUAUCAAAACGCUUUAACGGACAUGUUCUCGUCCGGCUUCCUCCACGGCAAUCAGAUCCAUCCGCUAGGCUCGACGUCUCUGCAGACGAACGUCGGACAAGCACGACCUGAUUACAACGACUCAAGCUUGAUUCAAAACAUCCCUCACCUUCAGCCUUCCUGUCAUCAGGACCAUCCAGCGGUCAAGUCUGAGCCGCCAACGUCAAUUGCAAAGAGCGAGGCUCACGUCUCAUGUGAUCUGCCAUCAUCUGCAGCCAAACGGAAACAUAGCAGCGACUCCGAUGAGGAGGGACCUGGGAGCAGCAAGCGGCACGAGUCCAACCUCCCCGGCAAGAUCGUCCUCACCGCUGAGACUGCCUGCGAGAUCUACGCCAUGAGGCCCUCCCGCUCCGACGACAGCAAGGGGGAGGCGCGUGCCAAGAGCCACAGCGCGGAGAUCGCUCGCAAGUAUGGAGUGACGGCCAAGACGAUAAGAGACAUAUGGAACCGCAGCACGUGGAGCAAGGCGACGCGGAAGCUCUGGACCGAGGAGGAGACGAGGAUCUACCACCACAACAAGCUGACCAGACACCACAAGCUGCUGGUGCAGACUAUCAAGGAGCAAGGUGAUGUGCAGACGCGGGGGGGAGGAGGGUUGGGAUUGCGAUAA